AUGGUCUCCAUCUCGACUCUUAGCGGGUACAGCAAGCAGGAUGUUCGCAAUCUCUUGUUGAUCCUACAGGAGUUUGUCAUCACCUUCAAGGACAAUAAGGUCAAAAUCAACUACCAAAGCAGACCCGUGAUGCUAUUUUUGAGCACUCUAGUGACCACUUUUGGUUUGGGCGUGGUGUUUAGUUUACGGUCUCUUGUCCAUCAGUUCCGAGACUACCAAAUCAACAAACGUGCCAACAGACCAAGUUUGAUCCGUCAGAGCUCCACCGUAUUAAAAAAUGGUAGUAGAGAGAUUUUUAUUCCUAAAUACUCCACCAGAUUUGGAGGAACUCCAGGUAACACCCGUAUUAUCAUCCCCAAGCCAAAUUUGGACCAAUACGCCGCUGACAAGUAUUUGUACAAAAACUACUACAUCGAAGAAAAGUUGAAUAUUCAGAGUAAAGUGGUCAACUCCAAGUUUUUGAACCAGUUGACGAUUAUUUGGAGAAUUUUGAUUCCCAAGUUUUACAGUAAGAACAGUUAUUUGUUAUUCUGCCAAUGCUUCUUCUUGGUGUUGAGGACCUGGUUGAGUUUGUUGAUUGCCAAGUUGGACGGGCAAAUUGUGAAAAACUUGAUCAGUGGUAAUGGGAAGAAGUUUAUUCGGGACUUGAUCUACUGGAUCUUGAUCGCAUUCCCAGCCAGUUACACAAAUGCUGCCAUCAAGUACUUAACCAGUCGGUUGAGUUUGAGCUUCAGAACCAAUUUGAUUCGGUACAUUCAUGAUAUGUAUUUGGAUAAAAUUAUGGCAUACUACAAGAUCAACUUCAUUGACAUCAAGAACAUCGACCAGUACAUCACCAACGACGUCAGUAAGUUUUGCGACUCGAUAUGUGGGUUGUUUUCCAGUAUGGGAAAGCCUAUGAUUGACUUGGUGUUUUUCUCCAUCUACUUGAGAGAUAACUUGGGUACUGGUGCCAUUAUGGGUAUUUUUGCAAACUACUUUCUUACAGCCUUCUUAUUGAAGCAGAACACUCCCGCAUUCGGUAAGUUGAGUUCACAGGAAACAGCUUUGGAAGGUCAGUAUUAUAAUGAGCACUUGAAUUUGAUUACCAACUGUGAAGAAAUUGGGUUCUACAAAGGGUCGGUGAUUGAAAAGUCCAAGUUGAACGAAACAUUCAACGGAUUAAUGAAGCACAUCAACAAGACCAUUAAUAUUUCGUUUGGGUACUCCAUUUUGGAGGACUAUAUCUUGAAGUACACUUGGUCUGCUUGGGGAUACAUUUUUGCCGGGUUGCCGGUGUUUAUCGAGGACUUGUUCCCAAGCACCAGCAAAAAUGGUGUUAACUCCGUAGAUCAAGCCAAGAUGGAGAGACUGAACAUGAGGCAGUUUGUCAUCAACAAGAGAUUAAUGUUGUCGUUGGCCGACGCGGGUUCCAGGCUAAUGUACUCCAUUAAGGAUGUAGCAGAAUUGACUGGUUACACCGACAGAGUAUUCCAGUUAUUGACAAACUUGCACCAAGCCCAUUCUCCCCAGUUCGACUACGGCGCUAAGUUGGGCCACCAAGACAUACACGGUACCAUCCAAAAGAACUACAGUAAAGGUAUUAGGUUUGAAAACAUUCCUGUCAUAAUUCCUUCUGCCAAUGGAUCGGGAAACUACAAAUUGGUAGAUAAGUUGAACUUUCUGAUCAGUGAAGGUAACAACUUGUUGAUUUUAGGAUCCAAUGGAUGUGGUAAAACGUCGAUUUCCAGAAUAAUAGCUGAAUUAUGGCCGUUAUACUCGGGAUUGUUGUCCAAACCCAACGAUGAUGAAAUCUUCUACUUACCACAAAAGACAUACUUCACCAAUGGCAACUUGAGGGACCAAAUCAUUUACCCUUACAGUUACAACGACAUGAUAGAAAUGGGAUAUAAUGAUGACCAUUUGUACCACAUUUUGAGAGAAGUGAAGUUGGAAUAUUUGUUGAAACGGGAAGGCAACUUCAACGUGAAGAAGGAUUGGAAGGAUGUGUUUUCUGGGGGUGAAAAACAAAGAAUGAGUUUGGCCCGUGUGUUGUUCAAGAAUCCCCGGUUUGUCAUUCUCGACGAAAGCACCAAUGCCGUCAGUACCGACGUGGAAGAUUAUUUAUUUGAGCUCUUGCAGAAGAAGAAAAUCACCUUCAUCACUUUAAGUCAUCGUCCAUUAUUGAUGAAGUACCAUGAUUCGGUAUUGGAGAUUAAGGAUGAUGAGGCCAACUGGGAAUUCCACGAUUUGACGAGCGAAGAGAAUUUAUUGAGUAUCGACAAAGAGAUCAAGGAAAUCGAGGAGAAGCUCAGUAAGGUUGAUGACUGGGAGAAGCGGUUGGCUGAAGUCGAAUUAUAUUUAGAUGGCAAGCUUGAUUUGUAG